AUUGAAUCUCCUUACUAUAUAUCCCCCUCACCCCAAAUCAACCAAGAACCCGUCAAAUUUAACAGCAAAGGCUAAUCAAAGAGGACAAUUUAAAUCAGGCAAAACAAACAUACUAUUUUGUUUUUCCUCUUUUUAAGUCUCCGAUUUACUCGCUUUCUCACUUUCAAGACCAAUUUGUUUUCCUUGGUCUUCUAUCUCAGCCUCUCCAGAGGCUGAGCCGCCGCCGCGUUCCUCCUCCUCCGCCUCUAUUUGUCGGUGUUUCAAGAUUGGUUUUGGUUUCUUGAUUUUAAUCUUGAAAAAAAAUUGCUGGGUUGUUUUGAUUCUUGAGAAAAAAUGCAUGUAAAUCCAGGAAAACUGAUCACGAUCAAAAGAAAACCUGCAUUUCAAUCAAAGCCGCAGUUUCGUGAUACUAUGUUCUUUGAAGUGGACAAUACCACCACCACCUCCACCGUUGCAACCACCGUGACCACCAGCACCGCCGUAACGAAAACCACAAAGAAAAAGUCUUUCAUAUCUCGUCAAUUCUUUAUCCAUCAACCCUCGCCUAUACCAAUCCCGUCUUCGUCAUCAUCAUCAUCUUCGUCGUCGUUUUCUUUACGCAAACGCCGCCCAUUACUUCGAAAACACAGCAGCUCCUCCACCUCCUCCUCCGCCUCCGCUUCAUCCACCUCCGCCAACAACAACUCUUCCCGCUGCACCAGCCGAUUCGCCGAGUUAGCAGGCGGAACCACCGCUGAAUGCGCGGCGAUCUGCUGCUGCUGUCCGUGUGGAUUGGUAAACCUUCUUUACUUAACGAUAUAUAAAGUUCCGGCGGGUCUCUGCCGCCGCGCGUGGAGGAGGAAAAAGAGAAAACAUUUGAUAAAGAAAGGGUUGUUGCCGCCGAAAGCGAAACGGUGUGUCUGUGGAUGUGAUGAGACGGAGAUACAGAUUCAUCCUGCGGCGGGGAUACUUGAAUCCGCCGCCGCCGGUGGCGUAGAUAUAAAAUUCGAUGAAGAUGAGUCGGAGGAAGAUGACGGGGAGGAAGAAGACGACGACGACGACGACGACGCUAUGGUUAAAUUAGAGAAGGAAAUGUGGGAAACUUUUUACAGUACUGGAUUUUGGCGAAGUCCUUCACAAAGAGAGAAAUCAACGGUUGUGAUUAAAGAUUUAUCAUCAUCUAACAGUGUGGCUAAGGUUAAAUCAAUUUAGUUUUCUUCAUUUCUUUCAACAAUUUAGUACAUAUAUUUUUGUUUUUUAAUUUUGAAUUUGAAUUUGAAUUUGGAUUCUGUUCUGUUCUUGUUCUUGGUUGAUGAUAAUGUUGGAAUUUGAAGAUGAUGUGUGAUUUGUGUAAUGUACAGUUCUAAAGGAAAUUAAAUAAUCUGAAGAGUUUCAAUCUUUGAAA